GCCGCUCGCCUGGCGCUCUUUGGAGUUUAGAACAGGACCGGGGGAGCGUGGAAAUGGCAGCCGCAGAAGCAGCUUUGGGGUCAUUGGUAACGGGUCUGUACGACGUGCAGGCGUUCAAGUUUGGGAACUUCGUACUGAAGAGCGGGCUCUCUUCCCCUGUUUACAUCGAUCUGCGUGGCAUCGUGUCUCGACCGCGUCUGCUAAGUCAGGUUGCAGAUAUUUUAUUCCAAACUGCCCAAAAUGCAGGAAUCAAUUUUGACACUGUGUGUGGAGUACCUUACACAGCUUUACCGUUGGCUACAGUUAUCUGUUUAACCAACCAAAUUCCAAUGCUUAUUAGAAGGAAAGAAACAAAGGAUUAUGGUACUAAGCGUCUUGUAGAAGGAGCUAUUAAUCCGGGAGCAACCUGUUUGAUCAUUGAAGAUGUCGUUACCAGUGGGUCUAGUGUUUUGGAAACUGUUGAGGUUCUUCGGAAGGAGGGAUUGAAGGUCACUGAUGCCAUAGUGCUGCUGGACAGAGAGCAAGGAGGCAAAGACAGGUUGCAGGCCCAUGGGAUCCAUCUUCACUCAGUGUGUACAUUGUCCAAAAUGCUGGAGAUUCUUGAGCAGCAGAAAAAAAUUGAUGCUGAGAUGGUUGAGAGAGUGAAGAGAUUUGUUCAGGAGAAUGUUUUUGUGGCAGCUAAUCGUAACGAUUCACUCCUUCCUAUAAACAAAGCUCCCGGAGAACUCAGCUUUGGUGCACGUGCAGAGCUGCCCAGGAUCCACCCAGUUGCAUCGAAGCUUCUCAGGCUUAUGCAGAAGAAAGAGACCAAUCUUUGUCUGUCUGCUGAUAUUUCAGAGUCCAGAGAGCUGUUGCAGCUAGCAGAUGCUUUAGGACCCCGCAUCUGCAUCCUUAAGACUCAUGUAGAUAUUUUGAAUGAUUUUACUCUGGAUGUGAUGAAGGAGUUAACAGCUCUGGCAAAACGCCACGAGUUCUUAAUAUUUGAAGACCGGAAAUUUGCAGAUAUAGGAAACACAGUAAAAAAACAGUAUGAAGGUGGUGUCUUCAAAAUAGCUUCUUGGGCAGAUCUGGUCAAUGCUCACGUGGUGCCAGGCUCGGGGGUUGUGCGGGGCCUGAGCGAAGUCGGCCUGCCUUUGCAGCGCGGGUGCCUGCUCAUUGCGGAGAUGAGUUCUGCUGGCUCCUUGGCUACAGGCAGCUACACUAACGCAGCGGUUAGAAUGGCGGAGGAGCAUCCUGAAUUUGUGCUUGGUUUUAUUUCUGGCUCCCGAGUAAGCAUGAAACCAGAACUUCUUCACUUGACUCCAGGAGUUCAGUUAGAAGCAGGAGGGGAUAAUCUUGGCCAACAGUACAGUAGCCCACAAGAAGUUAUUGGCAAACGAGGUUCUGAUAUCAUCAUUGUAGGCCGGGGCAUAACAUCAUCAUUUAAUCGUCUGGAAGCAGCUGAGUUGUACCGAAAAGCUGCUUGGGAAGCUUAUUUGCGUAGACUUGGUAUUUGAGUGUCUCGAUACAUUUUUGUGAAGACCUUGAAGAUACAUGGUCUCCUGAGAUGCACUGGCUUGAAAUAACAAGCAACACUUAAUGGGUUGGAUUCUUUCGUGGGUUCUGUGUUGCAAUGACUUCUGGGUUUCUCACAGUCUUUAGGAAAUACUGAAUGCUGAAUAAUCACUGCAUUGUUACUAUAAUAAAUUCAUGUUCAAGCUCUU